AUGGCUGAAGCAGCGGAUACAGAGGUCCAAACCACCUCCUUGGAACCUCAGGCCAGGCAUAUUGUUUACUGUGGAGUGUGCUCUCUUCCACCUGAGUAUUGUGAAUUCGGCGGAACAGCCAAAAAGUGCGAAGAAUGGCUACAUGAGAACAAUCCUAGUAUGCACCAAAAGCUAUACUCAGAGGAAACCAUUGCCGCCAACCUCUCUACGCUUUCCAUCCAGGCCCGCGAACGUGCAGCCAAAGAUGCCGCCAAGAAAGAAGCAAAAGCUGCUUUGGUAGAAACCCGUAACCAGGAGCGCAAGGCCGCCGCUAAAGUUCAGAUCAAGCGUGUUGAACGUAAUAAGCGGAAACACGUCACGGUCAUUGCAGGUCUAGAAGCACAUGGCUUAGAUAACAAGAAAGUCGCCAAAGAGCUGGGCAAGAAGUUUGCUACAGGUUCGUCAGUGACAAAGAACCCAGCCGGUGGAGAAGAGAUUACUGUGCAGGGCGAUGUUUGUGAGGAUGUCCUAGAGUGGUUAGUGGAAGUGCAUGGGAAGGAGGUACCUGAGGAUAAUUUAGAGAUUGUUGAGGAUAAGAAAAAGAAGAAAGCGGCUGCUGAGUAA